CGAGUUCUCGCGACUUUCGGACCGAACGUGCUGCGGAGAGGCAAAGUCGAAGUCGACGGCAGCGCAAGAGGAGGACGCAACGCGCGCCGAACGAACGCGGAAUACACGACGUGCGACCGCGCUACGACGCCGUCAGGAUGCCGACGGGAUUCAGCGCCGUCAUGGAGGCGGACAACCUCGCCUUGGAGCUCGAGGAACCAAUUCCGGGCAAGGCGCAGCUUCCCAAUGGACACGGCGUCUCGAACGGAACCACCACAUUCGUCAACAAUGUAGCCAACGGCAAGCAGCAGACCAACAACGGCACGUCGGUACUGGUCGCGACUCCGGAGAGCAAGGAGAAGACCAGGGGAAACACCGUUCUCUACAGGGUUAACGACACUCCGCCCUGGUACCUCUGCCUGGUGCUCGGCUUCCAGCACUACCUGACCAUGAUGGGCGGCACGGUGAGCUAUCCGUUCCUGCUGGCGCCCUACCUGUGCAUCGCCGAGGACGACCCGGCACGCGCGCAGCUCAUCUCCACCAUCCUGUUCGUGUCCGGCCUGGGAACGCUGCUGCAGGCAACUUUCGGCGUGCGCCUGCCCGUCAUCCAGGGUUCGACGUUCGCGCACCUGGUUCCUAUCCUGGCCGUCCUGCAGCUGCCGCAGUGGAAGUGUCCUACUCACACGGAGACGCAGGGAGCAGGCGUCGAAGCGUCGCCCAUCGGCAGCGACUGGCGGCCGCGAAUGCUCGAGGUUCAAGGUGCCAUCAUGGUCGCUUCCGUGUUCGAGGUGUUGGCAGGGGCCACGGGCCUGGUGGGGCUGCUCACCCGCUGGAUCACGCCACUGGGCAUCACGCCCACCAUCGCACUCAUCGGACUCUCGCUGUUCCCGGAGGCGUCGCACCACGCCCAAACUAACUGGCCCAUCGCGCUCUCGACCGUGGUGCUGGUGACGCUGUUCUCGCAGUACCUGCGCAACGUACGCGUGCCCGUGAUUGGCACCAAGCACCGCAAGGAGCCACACCGGCCACGCAGGAUGGCGCUCUUCUCACUCUUCCCGAUCAUCAUGACAAUCGGGAUCAUGUGGCUGAUCUGCCUGGCGCUGACCCUCACCGAUGCCGUCGGUCCUGAGAGCGCUGCCCGGACAGACACCAAGCUGCGGGCGCUGAAGGAGAGCGACUGGUUCAACGUCGCAUAUCCCUUCCAGUGGGGCCUCCCGACGGUGAGCGUGGGCGCCGUGGUUGGACUGCUGGCCGGCGUGCUCGUCUCGGUCGUCGAGUCCGUGGGCGACUACCACGCGUGCGCGCGGCUCUCCGGUGCCCCCGCUCCGCCCGUGCACGCCGUCAACCGCGGCAUCAUGGUCGAAGGUCUGGGCUCUGUCUUGGCUGCCGCCUGGGGCGCCGGCUGCGGGCUCACCUCUUAUAGCGAGAACAUUGGCGCCAUCGGCAUCACCAAGGUGGCCAGCCGACGUGUGAUCCAGUACGGGGCGGCCAUCAUGCUCGUGCUGGGCAUGGUGGGCAAGGUGGGCGCCCUGUUCGCCGCCAUUCCGGAGCCCAUCAUGGGCGGCAUCUUCAUCGUCAUGUUCAGCGUCGUCUCGGCCGUGGGUCUGAGCAGCCUGCAGUUCGUGGACCUCAACUCGUCUCGAAACCUGUUCGUCCUGGGUGCCUCGUUGUUCCUCGGCCUCUGCGUGCCGGACUGGGUGCGCCGACACCCGGCAGCUAUCGCCACUGGAAGCGCAGAAGUAGACCAGGUACUCCGCGUACUUCUCAGCACAAGCAUGUUCGUCGGCGGCUUCGUGGGCAUCUUUCUUGACAACACCGUGCCUGGCACGGCGCAGGAACGGGGACUCCACGGCUGGCGCGAGCACGAGUGCGGCGGGGAGGCCACCGGCGACGACGGCAGUCCGGGAGAGUCGGUGACCAUCAAGGAGUGCUACGACCCACCGGGCUCUAGUUUCAUCGCCAACAGGAUCCCCUUCUCGCGGUUCCUGCCGUUCAGCCCAAACUUCCGAGGUUUCGGCCGAUAGCCUCGUAUAACAUCGAGCCGAUAGCAUCGUAAAACACCGGCGUGCGAGUUGAAUCACGGUAGCAGUCCGGACCAAGGCUCCCCGGGUGAAGAAUACACGGCACAUUGCGUUUCUUCAGCACCUUCGUGCUCCAUCCAUCGAGGUGCUGUUGUGUGAUACGCUGCAGGCGACGAAGAAUCGUUGUCACUGACAAUGUAUCUCGUUGACCUCAUCCAGACGCAACGCAUGAUCUCGCUCCUGGAACGUUCAACAGAAUCGUGUAUGAAAUACGUGUGCAUGUAGACCUCGGACAUUUCAUCUAUGACAUGGACAUCAUCUUUUCAUAUACGCGACGCAAAAGCUCACGUGAGUGCUAUAGCGAUGUGUGGGUGCCCGCGCGGGACAAUUAUAACGUGCGGGACACGUCCGCUACCUUUCCUGGGCAGGGCGUGCUUGAGUGCGUGUAUCUUGUGAGUGUGCAUCAUUUUGCGACAUUCGGUGUAGACGUUAGGAACGUCAUGAAUGUAAUAAUAAAUUUCAGAGUGGCUUUCCAAAAGCCGCUCACCGUGCGGAGUGC